AAAGGCCACUGUACUCUAGGUCAGUUUUCAACUAUUGCAAAGCCUUGGACCUGGUUUUGAGAUAAAUCACCAUGGACCAAUUUAUUUCUGCAUGGGUUAUCAUUUGAGGAGAAUAUAUAUUACUGGGAGGGAGAAGGGGCAAUAGAAAAUAAUGAAGCAAAAAGUCAGUGAAAUAGUCAACAAGAGUUGCUUUGGUUUAGUUGUCAUCUUAAUGCCAUCUCCUCCAGAAAAUCAUUUCAGUGAAUGGCUAAAUUUGUUAGCUAGACAGCUGGUUUUCUCCAACGUACAUCUAAGCUCUUUUUCUCAAGAUUUUAAAAAAAUUGGUCGGGAAGAAGGCUACCACUUUUCCCUUCCUGCGAUUUUAACUAUUUUAACUUCUUUAACCAAGUCAAUGGCUGUUGAAGCCUCUCCCGGGUGCCUCUUCAGCAUUUACCUUCAACAGGUCUGUGAGCUCGUUUUCUAACCCAACAACUUUUUCAGAAAUUAAUGUAUGAAGUAAUGAUCGAACUAUGAGCUUCCUUUUAUCCUAAAGACAUUGUUCUGUGCUUUUGGAAGCAAGGGUGAGGCCGCGAGGUAACUUAUGUAGGCGGGAGCGCAUGUUUGGCUGUCACCAUUACAGUACUUGGCGGGCGCCCAAGGGUGGAAACCGGCCCGAGGCAGCUGUUAUCACCCGAGGCCCUCAGUCCAGCGCUCCAGAGCUGCGGGCCAGGAUCGCUCCUUUCUCUACCUUUUGAGGAAGUGGCACGUACCGAGGGAACUUCUCACUUUCGCCUCCGAGUGGUAGUUUUUACACAGCAAACAUCCGUGCGCGCGCCCGCGCUCACGAGCUCUGUGACAUGGUAGAGUGCCGGAGACUUAUUGCGGCAUAAGCUGGUUAUCUCACGACACAUCUAUAGUCCUUGUCUUCACGAUUCCAGGAGACUUAUUUCCUGACAAAUUGAAGAAGCCUGGAUUCUGUAACAGGGGCUUUCGCCAACCAGACCCACUCCAUUCCACCAUGCCAUUCUAGCCCCGUCCUACGUAAGACGAUUUUUGGGCACGGGCGCCGCGCGCAGGGCACAGAGAAGUACGAUGACCGUCCUGGGGCGCAAAAAUGGAUUCUCGAAGAUUACAUGGCCGUGAAUAUGCUACUAAGGGAGAACAGUUGUUGGAGGCGCCACUGUUUGGCACCUAAACGAGGGAGGCCCAGGCAGUGUCUGCAACGGGAUCUUUUCGCCAAGAGGGACUACCGCGCCAAGCUCCAAGAACAUGCAGAGGAUUCUUGUAAAUGUAAUGGCUGGAAAAACCCUAACCCACCUCCUACUCCACCCAGGGUAGACUUGCAGCAGUCUGUUGUAAGCCUUAGUGAACCGUGUCGUAGUUGUAAUCAUGCACUAGCCGCUCAUGUUUCCCAUUUGGAGAAUGUCUCAGAAGAAGAAAUGAACAGGUUGUUGGGAAUUGUGUUGGAUGUUGAGUAUCUCUUCACCUGUGUUCACAAAGAAGAAGAUGCAGAUACGAAGCAGGUUUAUUUCUACUUAUUCAAGCUUUUGAGGAAGUGUAUAUUACAUAUGGGGAAACCUGUUGUGGAAGGAUCUCUGGAAAGUCCUCCAUUUGAGAAACCUAGUAUUGAACAGGGAGUUAAUAAUUUUGUGCAAUACAAAUUUAGUCAUCUACCAUCGAAAGAGAGACAAACCAUAGUAGAAUUGGCUAAAAUGUUUCUCAAUCGCAUCAAUUACUGGCACUUGGAAACACCUUCCCAGUGGCGACUGAGAUCACCUAAUGAUGACAUUGCUGGCUAUAAAAUAAACUACACAAGGUGGCUGUGUUACUGCAAUGUCCCCCAGUUUUGUGACAGUCUACCUCAAUAUGAAACCACACAAAUUUUUGGGAGAACAUUACUGCGCUCUGUUUUUACCGUUAUGAGGCGGCAACUUCUUGAACAUGCAAGACAGGAAAAGGACAAACUUCCUCUUGAGAAACGAACACUAAUCCUAACACAUUUUCCCAAGUUCCUGUCUAUGUUGGAGGAAGAGGUAUACAGUCAAAAUUCUCCUAUCUGGGAUCCAGAUUUCAUAACUUCCACUUCUCGAAGCAACCAACUGGGCAUCCAAACAGUUAUUAACCGACCGCCUAUGGUGAGAUCUGUUUCAUAUAGUUCUAGUCCCUCAACUUUGGAACAACCCAGUGGAGGAACUAUGAGUCCUGCUUCCAAAUCUGCUUCUGGCCAGGAACAAAACCUAGGAGAAAAAAGAAAAAACAAUGAAGGUUAUUCUGCAGAGAAUGCUAAGAAGCCACGGGUUAUAGGAGAUAUUCCUGUUGAACUGAUCAAUGAAGUGAUGUCAACUAUUACAGAUCCAACAGCAAUGCUUGGUCCAGAGCAGACUAAUUUUCUGUCUGCACACUCAGCUCGGGAUGAAGCUGCAAGAUUGGAGGAGCGUAGGGGAGUGAUUGAAUUUCAUGUGGUCGGAAAUUCCUUAAAUCAAAAACCAAAUAAAAAAAUUAUGAUGUGGCUAGUUGGUUUACAAAAUGUAUUUUCACAUCAGCUACCCAGAAUGCCAAAAGAGUAUAUUACUCGUCUAGUCUUUGAUCCGAAACACAAGACCCUUGCAUUAAUAAAGGAUGGCCGUGUGAUUGGUGGUAUCUGUUUCCGGAUGUUCCCAUCUCAAGGAUUUACGGAAAUAGUUUUCUGUGCUGUGACGUCUAAUGAACAAGUCAAGGGUUAUGGAACACACUUAAUGAAUCAUCUGAAAGAAUAUCAUAUUAAGCAUAAUAUUCUCAAUUUCCUUACGUAUGCUGAUGAAUAUGCAAUUGGCUACUUCAAGAAACAAGGCUUUUCAAAAGAUAUUAAAGUACCAAAAGCAAAAUAUGUAGGCUAUAUCAAGGACUAUGAAGGAGCAACUUUAAUGGGAUGUGAAUUGAAUCCAAAGAUCCCAUACACUGAAUUUUCAGUCAUCAUUAAGAAACAAAAAGAGAUCAUUAAAAAAUUAAUUGAAAGGAAGCAAGCACAGAUUCAGAAAGUUUAUCCUGGCCUUUCUUGUUUCAAAGAUGGAGUUCGACAGAUUCCAAUAGAAAGUAUUCCUGGAAUUAGAGAGACUGGCUGGAAACCAAGUAAUAAAGAUAAGAGUAAAGAACCCAAAGAUCUGGAUCAACUUUACAGCACGCUAAAAAACAUUCUACAACAGGUCAAGAGCCACCAAAGUGCUUGGCCUUUCAUGGAACCAGUGAAGAGAACAGAGGCUCCUGGAUAUUAUGAAGUUAUAAGGUUUCCUAUGGAUCUGAAAACUAUGAGUGAACGACUGAAGAAUAGAUACUAUGUAUCUAAGAAAUUGUUCAUGGCAGAUAUGCAACGAGUGUUUACUAACUGCAGAGAGUACAACCCACCUGAAAGUGAAUAUUAUAAAUGUGCCAAUAUACUGGAGAAAUUCUUCUACACAAAAAUUAAAGAAGCUGGAUUAAUUGACAAAUAAUUUUCUUCUCAUGCAAUUAAGAUGCCUAAUGUAACAGCAAAAUAUGCAGUUCUUUCACUAGAUUUGAAACUUGUUUAUAAAAUAAAACUUUCUUAACUAGCACUUUUAAACAUGUAAUAUAGAAGAGUUUAUUUUAUUAAAGUAUUUUUAAAUGUACACUUGCAUGCCCUUUUGCGGUGUAUUCAAUUUUUAUUAGAUGUAUUGCACAAACUGUUUGGAGAUUUGGAAAGGGUAAAUUUCCAAGCAGUGAAUGUUUAAGUUUAAUGUAUCAGAUUGAAAAAUGGAUUAUUUUUACAGCAAAGAUGUUAAUGAAGGGGGAAAUAAAUUAUAUAUUAUGAAUUAUAUAUAAUACUAAUACAUAUACAAUUUUAUUUUUACACACACUUACAUACACACACACACACACACACACACACACACAGAUACAGACACAUGAAAAUAAAACAUUCACUAAGAGGAGGUGCUUAAGCUACAAGAAAGGAAUUCCCUUAUUAGAUGGAAGUUUAAUUUCUUCUGUGAAUUUGGUUGUUAGAAUGAAGGAAACUACACAUGUCCCAGGAUGUUGCAGGAUUCAAUCUGAGAGUCACUGGGACCAGAGAUUUAGUCUUCCAAACUUUUAGACUCGUACUGGACCCAUUCUCAGGGCUCAGAAUGGGUUUCUGAGAAUGGGCUCUAGCUUAAGUCUGAAAGCUUGGAAGACUACGUUUCUGGUCCCAAUGACUGGCUCAGAUUGGACCUUAGCUCCUAAUAUUUGCAUUUCAAGGAAAAUGUAGCAUCAUUUUCACUUAGGUCAAGUUCUGAAAAGAACAUCAGACUUUGUAUUAAGCUCCCAACUGUUGCUUAGUCUUUUAGUAGAUUUAGAAAAGUACUAUUUCUACUAUUGAACCCAAUCUAGCAAUAGCUUUGUCUUUAUAGAUUUGUAUGGAUCUUUAUGCAUGAAAGCCAUUUUGCAAAAAUACAGUAGGUGCUGUAAUGAGUGGGUGGAAUGGACAAUAAUUUGAAUUCUCAAAUAGACCUUACCCCUGAGGAGGGUAUAUUUUGAUAAAUGCAUAUACAACUAAAGCAGUGGUCACCAACCGGUACACCUGGGUGGUGGAGCUGCUUCAGGAUGACCAAUGGGCCAGUCCUGUGACUACUACAGCUCUGAAAUUGGGGACUGACUUUCCCACCAAUGUCAGCAAGCCACCGUCAGUCUGUCCAUGUUUGUUUUCCUUCAGAUUGACCAAAUGUCUUGAGAGAAGGGACACAAGAGGUUUCCAGGCUGUGUGCCUGGGACAAGGUGCUUUAUCUUGGGCCUCCCACCUGGAGGUCUUGUAGAAGCAGACAUGUAGGCCCAAAGGCGGUUGAGCCUCCCCUCCCCCCAGGGGUCAGCGGGACUUAAAAUUAUGGAUUUGGUGUUCCCUGAGGUAUGAUCCCUCCAAAAGGUUGGAGACCCCUGAACUAAAGCAUACAUCAUUGAAGAAUGUAUACUAAACUGCGCAAUGGAAUCAGUAAUACCUGAUUGAUAAGAAACCAUAUCUAAUUUUAGUGUAGAUGAGAAUAUCUCCCACUUAGUAAUAGAGGCUGAUAUGCAGUUUUUCUAUAGAUAUUUGCAUUAUAAAGUGAUGGGAAACAUACUAAAAUCUGAAGGCACAACUAACAAGAUUGAUAGAGUUUAGUGGUUAGCUCAAAAUUUGACUGCACCCAGCCCAAUGCCACAUAGCGUAUAAUUUUGUGUCUUGCCAUAGAUAAAAUAAUUUAUAAAAGCAGCUUUGAGUAGAGCUUUAUCCCACUGUUAAUUUCUACUUGGAUUAAUACCAGUUUUUAAAAAUUAGGAACUUGAAUUUUGUUAUUAAUUCCAUAUAUAUUUGAGCUAUUUCUUACAU